UUACUCCCCAGUCCCUGCUUCCGCCCGACCCCGGGAAACGGAAGGAAGGCGCCGCUUUAUCCUCUUCCGGUUUCGUAUCAUGUGACGUUCCUCGUCCCUCCACAACAUGGCGGCCCCCAUGUUGCUCCCCGCGGCGGCUCCGGAGAAGCUGGGCCAUAAAAAAUACAAAGCUAUUCUGAAGAAAGAAAAACGAAAGAAAAAGAGACAAGCACUUGCCAGAUUAAGAGAUUCAGAAAUCACAGAAAAAAGUGAACCACUGCCUGAAGAGGAGGAACUGGAAGAAGAAGAAAAACAACUUGAGGCUGAAAGGCAAAAACUACAUGAGGAAUGGUUGCUGAGAGAAGAAAAGGCUCAAGAAGACUUCAGGCUCAAGAAAGAAAAGGAAGAGGCCAUGAGAAGACUUCAGGAGGAAGAGGAGAGAAAGAUAAAAGAAGAAUGGGAAGAACAGCAAAGGAAGGAGAGAGAAGAGGAGGAGCAGAAGCAACAGGAGAAGAGAGAAAGAGAGGAAGCUGUGCAGAAGAUGCUGGAUCAAGCUGAAAGUCAGCUGGAAAAUGGCGCUACCUGGCAUAACCCAGAACCCCCAGAGAACAUAGGAACGGAGAAAGAUAGAGCUAAUUGCCCAUUUUAUAUCAAAACAGGAUCCUGCAGAUUUGGAGACAGGUGUUCCCGCAAACAUAACUACCCAACAUCUAGUCAGACGCUUCUGAUCAGAGGUAUGUUUGUUACAUUUGGGAUGGAGCAGUGUAGAAGAGAUGACUAUGAUACAGAUGCGAGUCUUGAAUACAGUGAGGAGGAAACCUACCAGCAGUUCUUAGACUUCUAUGAAGAUGUACUGCCUGAGUUCAAGAAUGUGGGAAAGGUUAUUCAAUUCAAGUUACAGGUGAAAUCCCUCCCAAAACUUAUUCUGGGACAAACUCACAACAUAUCUAUGUUUCAAAAGGUCAGCUGCAACUUUGAGCCUCACCUGCGGGGAAAUGUAUAUGUUCAGUACCAGUCGGAGCGAGACUGUCAAGAAGCCCUUACUCUAUUCAAUGGACGAUGGUAUGCAGGACGACAGCUUCAGUGUGAAUUUUGCCCAGUGACAAGGUGGAAAACUGCUAUAUGUGGUUUAUUUGAAAGACAGAAAUGCCCAAGAGGGAAACACUGCAACUUUCUGCACGUAUUCAGAAAUCCACACAAUGAGUUUUGGGAGGCCAAUAGAGACAUACAUAUUUCUCCUGAACGGACCAAUCAGUCAGCUAAAAACUCUGAAAGGAGAAACAGAACAGGCCAUCACGAGGACUAUUACAGCAAGUCAAGAAGACGGAGCAGCCCCAGCCCAGAUCAUUCUUACAAAAGAAAUGGAGAAUCAGAGAGGAAAAAAAGUAGCCACAAGAGCAAAAAAAGACGGCGGUCUAGCAGGUCAAGAAGUUGGGAACGAAGGCAGUCACAUAGUAGAGGGAAGAAGAGGAGAGGUCGUAGUCGCAGCAGAAGCCGUAGUUGUACACGUGGUCGUAGCAGAAGCCGAAGUAGAAGCUCCUCUCGGUCCAGGAGUCGGGGCAAAAAGAGGUCAAAUAGCAGAGGAAGAAGUAAUGAACCCCUCCCAAAAAAGUAAAGCCAAGUGGAAUUCAGACAAGAAUCUUAGUGCUCACUUUUUGAAAAAUGAGUGACGGCUUCUCCCAGUUAGAGAAACACUUUCACUGAAAUUAGGACUGUGUAUGCUGUACUGAACUGCCCUUUAUUAUAGUCAAGAAAUUGAAUGCUAAGUUUGUAUUAUCCAAAACACCUUCAGUUAGUGUGUUUUUGGCUUUAAUUCUCAAGUGAAAUAGCACUAUAGCUAAACUGAAUAUUCAUUUAGAUGAAGUUUCUUUACAGUAAAGUGUUUAAUGUGAUUAAGCUUUCAAUUACCUGCUAACUUAUUGUUUUCUGUAAAAGUGUGAAUAGCUGUAAAUAAAUGGAAUCGUGAGUAUACAUUACACUUUUUUAAUAAAGUUUGUUGCAAAUCAA